AUGACCAGUAGAAAGUACGGCAAAGUACUCGAGCGGCUUGGAGAUGCUGAACCGACUACGGUGGAUGAUGUCAGAGCGAUUUUAGAAGGUAUCUGUGUGUCCAAAGGUUAUCUCGACGAGGAUUAUCGACUUGAUUUGGAAAAUCUCUCGCCCGAACAUCGUGAUCGGACAUUGUAUAUCAACGAAAAACAGCGAAAGCUCGAAGCAGCAUUUACAAAGAGUGUCUCUCAACAGCUCUACUCGUCCAAGUAUCGGUUCCUAUAUGAACUCGUCCAAAACGCCGAUGACUCGCUGUAUGGCAAAGCGCGCCGCAGAUCCGAACAGCCAUUUCUUCGAUUCCGGAUUACCCCGAGUACUUUCAUCGCGGAAACGAACGAGGAUGGCUUCAGGCGAGCAAACGUCGAGGCAGUUUGUGCGACUGGAGAAAGUUCGAAGAAAGCGUCGGCUGCAGACGAUCACAUUGGGGAAAAGGGCUUUGGAUUCAAGUCCGUGUUCUCAGUCGCUAAAGAAGUUCAUAUCCAAUCUGGACUCUGGUCGUUUCGAUUUCAACACCGGCAAGGGGACGACGGUCUUGGGAUGGUAACGCCUCUGAACGCCGAUGCAGUCAUCCUCCCUGCAGAUGUAACUACAAGGAUAACUCUACAUCUCACAAAGAGCGCAACCGCAGACUACCAGGGUCUGCUAAAUGCAGUCGCAAGUAUGCCAGAGUCGACAAUCUUCUUUUUGCAGAGACUGCACCGACUCCAUAUUCAUGUGACUAACCUGGAUGCUAAAGUGAUAGCAACUACUUUCGAGACGACAGCUGUCGACACUCAAAGAACCCGUGUUCUACUCAAACGCUGCCAAAAGAUCAAUGGUAGAACUGCAAUCGACGAGAGCUUGUAUCGUUGUUUUGCUCAUGUCGUCGACAAUAUGCCUGAACACGAACAUCGGAAGAAUCGCAAAUCAGCGCGCAUCGAGUUAGCUUUUCCUGUGGAACCUGCAACAAAGAAGCCGAAGCUUAGCAAAUCUGGGCAGCACGUCUUUGCAUACUUGCCAUUACUGCGUCUGCAACAAAUCCAGUUUAUCAUUCAAUCAGAUUUUGUCACUUCGGCAAACCGAGAAAGUGUAAUUGACUGUGCCUGGAAUACCUCGAUCUUUAAGGGUGUGGCGAAGACGUUCGCAAUGGCUGUGGAGAGUUUCACGAAAGAAGACGAUCUUUUGAGAUACUCCUGGCUCGACUAUCUGCCAACCGAAUUGAACGAUGAUCGUUGGGAGAUAUUGUGCCCGUUGAUUGUAGAAGAGUUGGCACGGAGACCCAUCUUGCAGACUUGGCGACACCGUUUCAAAAAGCCUGGGGAGCUUCUUCUACUACCAAGUUAUAUGUUGUGCGACAGCGAACCAAUCCUGAAGGACCUUCCGGAUGACGUGUAUCUCGCCUCUGAUUACGAACCAUACAUGUCCAAAGUGGAGUCGCUCGGUGUGCGUCGCGCGAGUCUCUCUAGCAUGAUUAAACGAUUAGAAGUCGACAUUGUACGCGCCCAAAAGUCGAGAGUAAGAACAAAGGACCCCGACGAUCUUUGGCAUGUUGCAUUCGCUGCGCUGUUCUCGAGGGCAUGGACAGCUAAACAGCCAGCCGUCUCAGUUCAAGAGAAGCUGAAGCGAUUGGCUAUCAUCCCACUGCAGAGCCGUCUUCAGUGGACAGGCGCACUAGGCCAGAUCGGUGGUGGAGGACAGAAAAACGUCUAUUUCUCAGAGACUGACGGAAACUCCAUCCCUAAUUCUAUUGCUCUGCGCCUCUUAGACACACAAGCGUCGACGAACCAGACCCGGAAAGCUUUCUACAAGUUGCUUGGCGUCGAGGAAUGUCCACAUGAGCUAGUCGUUGAGAAGAUCAACCAGAUGCAUCUCUCUACCGAUGGUAUUCUCGAUGUAGAAUCACACCUUGAAUACCUUUUCUACGCAAACGAGGACCCAGAAUCGGUCAAGUCAUGGGUCCGGGUACCGACAAACCAGGGUACAUAUGUGACGCAAUCCAGCAAGUUGUACUUCCCAUCUGAAGGUAGAGAUGAUCUGCACCGGCUUCUCGAUGGUAUCGAUCCCUCAGAGUUCAAUGAAAUCGUGGUGUUCCUUGAUGAGUCUUUGGUAGAGUUGGAAACAGAGUCUACCAACGAAGAGGGGCUCACAUGGCAAGCUUGGUUGCAACAGGCGACGGGCGCCCGGUAUCAUCCGCCACUUCUACAUUGGAAUACCAACAAGUCCUCGUUCGAACUUUCACCCGUAUUGAAAGCACUCAACAAUUGCAGACCUAGAAGACUUUUGAGAGCGCUCAGAGCGCACUGGCACGAUUACGAGAAAGAUGCUCCUAAGAUCGAAGCUGAUCUUAAGGCUAUGCGGGUAAGAUGCAUGGUGGCCGCUAAUGAAUCCUCGCGACGUGCAGCUCUGGAAUACACCUACCUUCCUACAGCAAAUGUGAUCGACCGAGCGCUAGAGUUAGGUCUAUCUCCUAUCGAAUUCGACAUACUUGACCUACCAGAUCGGCGUAAAACUACCGACAAGCUUGACGAUGCUGGUUACCGAAGAUGGCGGUUUCUCGAAGACUUUGGGGUACGUCGCCAGCCGGAUCUCGACUUCUACAAGCGUGCUCUUGAAAUCAUCUCGAUGAAGUCUAAAGACCCCGAUUUUGAGGUUUUGAAGGAGAUAUAUGCGAGCAUAGCUAAGUGUACUACGGUAGACGGUCACGCCGAUCUUUGCGAAUUCUUCGAAGAAGGCCUAUUGUGGAUUCCUAGUAGCAAAACCUGGGAGGACCGCAGUUGGUGCAAUUGGCGCGGUCCACCUUUCCUGGAACACCGCAAAGUGUUGCAUCCACACUAUGGACACGAUCCGAUACUCACAACGUUCUUCAAAAACAUACUAAAUGUAACAGAUACGAGCAUCUCAGAUGUUAUGGAUGAGCUCCAAUGUUGCCGCCGACGGUUUGGUUUGUCGACCAGCCUUACUGUUGCCGGCGAGAUUUACGAAUACCUGAAUAGCAACGCAUCCGGUGACAAAGACUGGGAGAGUAUCAUGGAGUUCUUUCGCGAGGGAGACUACAUACUGGGCAAGAAAGACACUUGGCACAAACUCGAGACGUGUGUCUGGCAAACUCCGUUUUUGCUUUCUGGAUACCAUGAACUGAGCUCCACGUACCCACAACUAGAAUCCUUCUUUGUAAAAAGGCUCAAGGUCAAGAAGGUUACGCCAGGUAUGCUCGUUGAUGAGAUCACGAAGAUGGUCAACAAGAAAACUCCCAAGUAUGAUAGGAUUCGAAAGCGACUGAUCGAUGUCGGCAUGGUAUUGGCCAAGACCGAGCUGGAUGAGGCGACUCGAAACGCACUUGACGCACUUGUAGAAAGUCAAUUUCUGCCCAAAAGAUCUGCCGAUGGGAAUACAACGCUCCUUGCUGUCCUCGACAAUUAUGCAAUCGCGGACCAUACUCGAUAUGCCAGCGCCUUUGCAGAGCAGAACAUUCUACUUGAUUUCUCGGUCGAGGAGGUUCAUAUCAUGAACGUCAUGUUCGAGCACAUUGGUGUCAAGAAACGCUAUCUAUCGUCCCUGGUUGUCGAGGAAUCUACAGUCGAAGACGGCGCUGAGGAGGACGAUGAUCUAUCGCAUCAGCUGCAAGCGAAAUCUUACGCUCUCUACUGCUGUGCCACAAAGUACAAGAGCGUUAAGGCUCUUCGUGGAGACUGUACACUGUUUGAGACAUUGUCAACAGCACGCGUUCUCAAAGGUGACCUCGCAACCCACCUGGUUAUCGACAAAAGAGACCUGGACUUCCAGUCUAAAGUUCGAAGCGACAGAUCAUUCAUACACCAUGAAAUAACAGAAGGUUCCUUGAAGUUGUAUGUUCCCGAACACCAUAAGCAGCGUAGCACAUGCUAUCGGUCACAACUUCCGAAACUGCUUGCUGAAAUUAUGGAAAUUGACUCCACCGCAUGCCAUGACAUCUCUGUCAUCAUCGAAAGCGAUCUCAGAGCCCUUGAAGAUGUUCUGGUCGAGCAUGACAUAACCAUUGUGUCCUGGAUUGAACAACCUGUUCUUGAUAUAUCUGAUAUUGAAGAUAGUGUCACUUCGUCCCCGAGGUCGCAAUACAUGCUGGAUGCUGCAAAUCCAGACAUGCGAAGACGUGCUUCUACGAUUUCAUCAACGGGAUCGAUGAGCCCAUCUGAGUCGACCCUCGUCGACUAUGCGGCAAGUAGCUCCAUGCAGAUCAUCUCCAACCCCCGAGUGAGUCGUAGCUCGAAUCAGGCGGAUCAUGAUCGUCACAAUGGUGCUUUAGGUGAAGCGUUUGUGUUCGAAGAACUUUCCGCCCUCAAUUUGGCAGACUUCACUCGCAACAAUUGGCGAAGCACUAUUCGCGGAGAACUCUCACGUUAUCACGGAUACGCUGGUAUUGCUAAUUGGGAAGGUCGCGAGACCGCAGAUAUCGUCUACAAAGACUGUGAUGGUAGGCUGACGCGAUGGUUGAAAGGAAAUUGCACGGGUGGCUAUCCCGCUGGUUUUAGGAAUCGUGACUUUGCGGAGCACCCGAUUGAGUACUACUUCGAAGUUAAAAGCACCACUGGGGCGUGCGGGUCAAGGUUCUUCUUGAGCACUGGACAGUACAAACUCAUGCGUGAAAUGACCAUACAGACAGGUCAGUUACCGACCAGAAUAUACGUCAUCAUGCGAGUCUUCAACGUCCUGUCCGACGAUAAAGAGCUGAAGAUAUUCGUGGAUCCAGUACGACUGGAGGGGAUUCAUGUUGAAUUUGAAGUGGAAGGGUGGACUGGGCGGAUACUAUGA